AGGUAAGAGCAGAUAUGUGGCGGCCCCAAUACACAUUGCAGAUCAAUUUGCUGCAGCUAACGUACCUACCUCCUCGGUACUUUUAAAAAUAAUCUAUGUGUAACGAGGCCCGAGCGCUAGGUUACCCCUUUAUUCACCAAGCGGUUUACAAGAAAAAACGCCCAUUCGUUCCGAGACAGCCGACAAUGUAAUAAAUAAGUUGCUAGUUCCGGUCACGUAAUCCUAGCGGUAUAGGAUCCAUCCUACUUCCAAACACUCCACGAUGGCCUUCGUAACUUCAAGCCCUGGGAAAUAUCUCUGGGUAAUUGGCGCAGCUUUGAUCAAUCUUUUUAAGCUCCCUUUUUUAUUAUGUUAUUAUAUACCCACUUUCACGCGACCUGAUCCUAGGUGGACGGUUUUCCAAUCAACAAUGAACCAUUAUAUGAACUCAUUUAUCUACCACACUGCCUACGUAGAAACGGUCACGCCACUAGACUUCGAGCCGAGAUCUCUCGGAGAUCGCUUCAUCAGAAUCGAAAAGGCUCCCAAUUCUGUAUACAUAGACGUCGCUAAACCCGAUUCCUCAAUCCUACCUGCCACUACAGGAGGGAUUUGGUUUCCAUGUGCUCUCAAAGCAACGGCGGAGGGGGGCGAUAAACCAGUCAUCUUGCACUUCCACCCAGGCGGAUAUGCGAUGGGCGACGUUCGAAAUGACGCCGCAUUCGCAGCACAUAAUCUAACCGAAAGGGUUGGGUCCUAUGCUCUAUUCAAUCUGUACAGACUUGCGACCAAUCCUAAUGGGCGUUUCCCGGCAGCGUUGCAAGACGGAAUAUCGGCCUAUUAUCACCUACUCCAUGAUCUCAAGAUUCCCGCUGCUAGGAUUGUCAUAUCCGGCGAUUCGGCGGGUGGUCAUAUUGUGUUAUGCAUGUUGAGAUACAUCGCCACCCACGGCAAGGAAGCCGGCCUCCCGGCUCCUUCGUGUGCCUUGGUUUGGUCACCAGCAAUCGACAUGAUGGUUGCAAUUGAACCAGAGAAGAUAGUGACAAACCCCAACUACAAGACUGACUACAUGGACGAGACGUUCAUGUCGUGGGGAGCUAAACGGUUUAUUUCUAGGGACCCAACCAGUUCUGGCUACAUGAACCCGCUCAGCGCUCCUUUCAAAUGUCCAUGCCCCCUAUGGGCGUUCUGCAGCGAAAACGAACUCUUCUACGGGGAAAUUAGUAAGUUCGUGGAGCAAAUGAAGAGUAUCAGGGAUAACGAUGUAACAUUUAGAGUAGAACCGCUAGGGAAUCAUAAUAUCUUCUUCGCUGGCAACCUUACGGGAUGGAAGGCUGAGGCAGAACGAGUGGCGAACGAAGCUGGUACAUGGGUAGCGGAGAUCCAAUCGCGUGUAUGAAAUUAUAGCCGACUUCUAGUGUAUAACACACCAUCAGCUUCACGGCGCCCUUCAUCCGAGAGGUGCUAACCCAUCAAUCUUUAGGUACACAGGAAUGAUGAUAAUCCAAGCCACGGUGAGGAGGUUAUUUAUUCAGGAAUGAUUACCUGGUGAGAUAUGCUGACUUUCAUUUUCUUCAAACUUCAAUAACGACACCCCGUUGGUAUCGUCAAAAGACAAAUCCUCUCAGACAUAAUCGUAGCCUCCAUAUCCGGCCUCAGAGCAAUU